CAGAUUCAUAUAUAACACUGAUAAUUCGCAACUUAACAUGUGUGAAGAGUUUCAUGACCUAGGUAUAUUCUUUGAUACCAAACUUAUAUUUGUUUCGCAUAUUGAUGUACUUGUUACCAAGGCCUAUAAAAGGAUUUCAGUAAUGUGUAUACCAUGAUCUCGUUACAUAUUUCAUUUGUUCGAUCCAAAAUUGUAUUCUACCCUAUAAUAUGGUAUCCUGUUCAUGAAGUUCACUCAAAUAAAUUUGAACGUAGUCAGGGGCGGUUCGUGAAAUAUUUGUGGUACAAGGAAGAUGGUACGUAUCCAGAAGUUGGCUUCAGGCAUGAUGUAUUACUUAGCAGAUAUAGCCUCUGUAACUUGGAGAAGCGCAGUAUGCUGCUUGUGUAUUUUUAUAUAAAACGCUUACUAAUGCCAUAGAUUGUGAAUAUUUACUCGGUAAGAUUCUUAUUCAUGUACCUAAUGCUAAG